GGUUCGUUCAGUGGCGUGAGUUUAUAUUGACAAACAUUUAUGACAUAAUUAGCAGUAUCCGUUGUGACUAUCGAGUCUACGUAGGCAACGCAGAGCACAGAACUGUACCACGACGAGUCACAAUAUGUGCAUGGUCAAAGCUGGAGGCGUUAUUGAGCGCGGCAAAAGGUCGUCGACACACGCGCGCAGCUCGAGCUUCCCACCAGCGCCGUCGGCUUUGACUUUUCGAGCAGCCAUCACAACAUAACGUCACCGGCUGCUUCCAGAGCACAUGUGUCUGUGAAGAAUCGCGCGCCACCGAUCUCUCACCGGGAGUCAGCAGGUGUCUGGGUCGCACGUAGCGGUGCCCGCGUGUACGUCUUGACUCCUGCCUUGUGGCCCUCAAGAUCGGUCAGCAGCCGACCGCAAGCCAUCGCCACACGCUUCCGGGUGUCUCGUAGAGUCACGUGAUGAGCCGUUAUGACGUCAUAGCAGUCGGAGGAACCGGUUGUUGUGGAUCCGAGGAGCAAGGCGGCAGUGGCGAGCAGCGGGACAGGCGUCACCACCGGAUGCCCCCCGAGGAGGCAAGGCGGUGUGCUCGCUGGUCGACUCGCGCCUCGUCCGACCUCGACGCCGCCGUCACAGAGCAGCGGAUACCGCUCCUCGAACAGAGCGACGACGACGAUCCAGCUGAAGCCAUGGAGCUGGUGUCCUCGGCACCGGACAGUCGCAACUGGCGGGGCAUCGGCAUCGCGCUUCUGGUCAUCGCUGGGGUCUGCGCCCUCAUCGUCACCGCCGUUAUACUGCUCACCCCCGGAGACAAGGGACCCCGCGUGAAGCAGGCCAGGAUAUCGCUAGAAGAAGUGCUCCAUGGCACGUUCAACCCGCGCAAAUUCAAUGGCUCCUGGGUCUCGGACACCGAGUUUGUGUACCGGGACACAGACGGCGCGCUGGUGCUGUACAACGCUCAGAACAAGGAGAAGAGGACGCUGCUGCACAACACUACAUUCCGACAAUAUGACGUGCGCAAGUAUUAUAUGUCGCCUGAUCUCAACUUCUUGCUACUUGUCCACGACGUUGUGCCCGUGUUCCGAUAUUCGUUCACCGCAAAGUACAAGAUCUAUGAUUUUUCGAACAGAGAGGUGUUCCCGCUGAAACACAGCUCGAACCAGGAGGAACUACAAUAUGCUGCCUGGGGCCAAACUGGAAACCAGCUGACGUACGUAUUCGAGAACGACCUGUACCUGAUCCCGAGUGUGGGCGACUCGUCUCCCGUGCGGCUCACGGACACGGGCUCGCCUGGUGUCGUGUUCAACGGCAUAGCGGACUGGCUCUACGAGGAGGAGGUUUUGGGUUCGAGCAGUGCGCUCUGGUGGUCGCCCGGGGGAAGCCGCCUCUGCUACGCCACCUUCAACGACAGCGCUGUUAGCGCCAUGACGUUUCCACUGUACGAGGGACAGUAUCCGGCGCUGUUGCCGCUGCGCUACCCCAAGGCGGGCACAACCAACCCGGAGGUCGAGCUGCACGUGGUUGCCGUCACGCACAGCGGAGCUGAGGCUGCAAAGCCCGUGCAGCCGCCGCAGGAACUGCUCGAGAAGACCAGCGAGUAUUACGUGACAAUGGUGGCAUUUCUGGACGAAAAGGCGUUGCUCGUCAACUUCUUGUCGCGGGCGCAGAACUGGACGCUGGUGUCGGUGUGCCGGGAGGCCGCCUCGGCCUGGCACUGCUCCAAGCAGGCCGUCGAGACGGCCUCGGGCGGCUGGAUCGAGCUCAGCGAGCCGCCGCUCGUGACACCCCCGCUGCCAGGGGGCCCCGCCUUCUUCCUUCGGCUGCCCGUGCAGGACGCACACCACGGCAACUUCCGGCACCUGGCUGCCUUCCAGGAGAAGCGGCGCACGUGGCUCACGCAUGGCCCGUACGACACCAUCGGCGCGCUUGCGUUCAGCCCCAAGACGCUCCAUCUGUUCUACCGAAGCACGCGCGAAGGCCGACCCGGUGAGUCGCACGUGUACCAGGUGCCGUUCGACAAGGAGGGCACCCAUCCGGUGUGCCUGACCUGCGACUUGGGCGAUCAGUGCCUCUACAACAACGCCUGGUUCUCGCUAAACGCCGAGUACUACGUGCUCGAGUGUCUCGGCCCGGGUGUACCCUGGGUGGCACUGUACAGCACGGCCGACAACAAGCAGCUGGAAAUGCUGGAGCCUAAUUCGGAACUAAGGGAACUCGUCGAGAAUCGUGCCAUGCCUCAAGUGCGCAACCUUGCCGUUCCCCUGCCUGACGGAUACAACGCGUCGGUGCGACUACUGCUGCCGCCGGGACUGCGCGACGAGGAAGUGCUCAAGUAUCCCUUCCUGGUGCACGUCUACGGGGGUCCCGGGUCCCAGCAGGUGACGGAACUCUUCCGCAUCAACUGGGGCCACUACUUGGCCAGCCGCAAAGGUAUUGUCUAUGGCCUCGUCGACGGCCGUGGCUCGGGACUCCAGGGUGACCGGCGGCUGCACCAAGUCUAUCGCCGCCUGGGCACCGUGGAGGUUGAAGACCAGCUUAGGGUCGCCAGGCACCUCAAGAACGAGAUGUCAUUUAUCAGCAACGACCACACAGCCAUCUGGGGCUGGUCAUAUGGCGGCUAUGUAUCGGCUAUGGCGCUGGCCAAUGGUGGCCCCGGCAACAACGGCAACGACACGCCGCAUGAAGGUGGCUCGGCUGUCUUCCAGUGCGCCAUCUCGGUGGCACCAGUCAGCAACUGGCUGUACUAUGACUCGGCGUACACAGAGCGCUACAUGGGGCUGCCGCGAGACAACCUAGCUGGAUACGAGCGUGCAGACCUCACACGCGCCGCCGCCAGGCUCAAGGGGAAAAAGUUCCUGCUCGUGCACGGCACAGCCGAUGAUAAUGUUCACUUUCAGCACUCUAUGAUGCUUGCCAAGGAACUGAUCAAGAAGGGGGUCAUUUACAAAACUCAGGUGUACCCGGAUGAAAAGCACGGCCUGAGCCACGUCACUUCACAUCUGUACAAUGCCAUGGAAGACUUCAUCGACGACUGCUUUGAGGGUUCUGACCACACUGUGGAAGAAGUUGGCCUGAUGCAAGUGAAGGCCUCGUGAUAGUCUCUAUACUGCUCAGCACCGGGGCAUCUCUUCUCUAGGACCACCCCGACUACUGGCAACAAAAGCAUCAUUUUCAAUCAUUGCGUACGCUGGCCAACACUUAGCCAAAGGAAAUGAAAAAGAAGCACCGUUACUGCACCGGACACCUCUGGCCGCGAAUUGUCAGCAACGCAACCACCGAAUGCCUUGGCGCUCAUGCUUCCCUGAUCGGACAACUACAGCACAGAGCUGUCACGGCUGAAACUGUCACCUCGACUGCCGCAGCAGUAACAAAACGCUAGUCAUGAUGCGUCACUUCAGCUGCCGAGCUAAUAUUAUGUCCGGCACAAAAUCACUUUGCUAAAGAUACUCGUUUUUCUGUGCUAGUCUUCUAGUUGAUAUAGCUGGGCAGAAGCAAAAGUUUUAUGGUGCAUCAAACAUGUGCUCCUUUUGUUGUCACAUGCUCUUUCCUGUAUACAUUGCAUGCUGAAUUCUUCUCAACUUAUCGAUUGCUGGUACUGGUGCUGCUUAACUGGAAGGCGUUCUGCCGAAUGACCUCGUGUGAAAGGGUGUGACAGGCUCUGAGAGCCAACCUUUAAAAAAAAGACAAAGAAGGUGUUCAAUGCUCAUAGGUUGCGCAUGCAAGUGUUAAGGACCGAGCCCUCACCAGCUUGCCAUCUUGACUUGUGUGUGAAGAAGAAGCUUUCGAAUUAUCAUGGGUGCCCAGUAAUAUUGCUAAUCGAAUGUUGGGUAAGCCGGAAGGGCUUUACAAAUGUGUUAUCAAACUACAGAAAGAGAAUGCGUAUGCACUUAACGAAAUUUACGUAAGCUCAUGACGCUUAUACCUAACCGCUUAAAAUCCUGAAGUAAUGCAAUUAACAUUGCUAUGCUAUACAGACAGUCUAGAACAUGUAUGAUAGCAUGCAGCCAAAGGGCUGUACUAUAAAACAAAUUUCUGGUCUUGUUCACUCUUUGAAGUUGAGACAGUGGAAGUUGUUCAAACUUAGUUUUGUCUGGCCCGUAUUUGAUAGCUUAAUUCGUAUUCCUACCAGUCAACAAAUCACGAAACAUAGUAAGAGCAGCAGAAGACGCCUUGCGGCAAAUAACCAAACUUUUUUCAACAUUCAUGUACAGAAAAGCUCCCACUCACACUCGAGGGUCAUAUCUGCACAUUUGCAUCUCUGACCAGUUUUUUUUUAGACAUAUGAAUGAACGAUAUAGAGAUGCCUGCAUAUAAUAUAAUCAUCUUUAUCACUAGCAUAUAUUUCCAUUAGACCUUCAUGUAUAUAGACAUCACAAACUUAAUGACUUGCUCUAUUCUUGAUCAUGCUAUAGAUUAUGCCCACGUUUAGGAUUUUACAGCAUUUUACAAGAAGCCUGUCAAGAGAAGUGUACAUAGCGAUUAUCUUUAGCUGACAUAGGAAGCAAGCCCAACCCUCUAGUUGCCAUACUUUGGCACUGAAGUAAUUACUGACCAGUUUCUAAUCAAUUAUCUAUUAGCCUCAGUGUUACUCUUUUCCUGUGUGUGCUAUGCUUUAAUGUGACAAUGAGACUAUUCAAAUCACGCUUACAUUUUUCGCUCUCCUUUUUGUGCCCCACGUGUGGCAAGGAUUGCUUCUUAUUGCACUUUAUUUUCCCACUCUAUAGAAACCAACCUCAAGCACUAUUCACAAUGGAUGCAAAUCCAAUGUGGGUCUUUAUGUGUAAGCCUUUGCUUUAAGGUGUGAAUGGCUCUGGCCCUGUUCACAAAAUAAUGGGACUUGCUUUCGUCGAAGAAAAGAGAAUGAAAAAAAGAGAACGAAAAAAGAAAUUCCAGGGAAUGGAUUUUUUAUGCACAUUGCGGCAAGCGUACAUGCUAAAAAUAGUAAAGUUUUUUCUCUUUUUUACACAAUAUUGGCUAGCGCUAAUUAACAUCAUCAGAAUAAGAAUAACCUAAAUGCCACCAUGCAUGUGUUGGUGAAUGUUUAACUAAAUUUUCAAAGAAAUUAUGGACGUGUGGUAUAAUAAUUGGAGUGUUUUAUCAUGCAUGUAGUGGCAUUUACCCACCAGCUGCACCAAUUUUAUGUCGGGUGAAGGAUUAUUUUACACAUGGCUGGUGUUUCUAGCAAGUCUUACUUUCGGUAUGUCUUAACUUGUUCUGUAUAGACAGUAAUUUAGUUGUUUUCCUGACAGAUUUUGUACUCUGCAUGUAAGAUUGAAAAUUUUGUCUGACUUUUUGGCACGCAAAUGGCAUUUUUGUGAUCGUAUUUUUUUACUUGAUAUUCAUAUAGUUUUCCAUAUUUGUCCCGGAAACGAUUUGUCUAAGGCGACAUAAAGUCGUUGUUAUAAUUUGUAAUUUUUAUAUUUUGAACAUGCCACUAGCAUUUAAUGUAGCCAGGUUUAAGUCUUCAUUUCUUGUGCACGCCGCCAACGCGGCCCCGAAAUUUCUGUCGUUUACCUCAUAAAGCUACCGCACGCACUGAUGAUUUUAUCUAAUUGGCAAAAUAUGCUCUGCUAAACUUUGUGAAAGGCACACUAGACGAUGCAUCGAGAAUCUACGCACGUGUAACUUUCUUUCCUCGAUUCGCCAUUUGAAGAAUGUGCUGUGGACAGUCAUGCUACUUGGAGAGGCUAAUGCCACGUUAAACUUGGCCGCGCAGAUCGACGAUCAUAUAUUGGGGGGCUUCGUGCGGCGUUUCUGAGCGCCUUGUGCAACGCAGCCAGCCAUUUCAUUCAGUGCCAGAGCAACUGUGAUGUGGAAGCAAUUGCUGAUAUAUGUGAUACGUUAUUCUUCUUUCUCUCUUGACUUUUAUUUUCUAGGAUAUAUUUAAUGUGUACAUAGCCUCUCACUAGAAGGCACGACUGACAGCCACUUGUUUCGUCGACAUCUAUGCAGCAGUGUAGUGUGUACAACAAUCUCCAGCACACGCUGUCAACAUGGAGGAAGCUCUUGUCUGCAAGGACUGGCGGGCCAAUUCCUUUCCCUUCCCGAAGGUCAAGCACAACCUCCCCCGUAGCCGCUUGUCCUUCACGUUUUUCACUUGCCAGGACUAAGCCCCGUUUAUUUCGCGCAGGAAAAGCAAGUCAAGAAGCAAGGGUUGCCUGCGAGCGUAGGCCUUUUGUUGACGCUUUUCUAGGAUGCUCCCCUUUCGAGUGCCGCGGUCCAUGCUUAGCGCGAAGCCCCCUUCCCUAUACGCCCCCGGUUCCGCUCCCAUCGCAGAAGCUGUUCCGCGCACCAUCUGCGACCUCCUCCUUUUCUAAUAACAUCGCCCGUCGUUCUCAUUAUAGGUAGCGGCGGAAGCCUUUCACUGUCGAGCUAGCAGUCCCGUCUUCGGGACUCUGACCUAGGGUGCCUAGGGCAGCAGGUAUAUACAGCAGUUAUGUACAUAGAGCCUCUCUGAGGCCUCCGGUCUAGCGUCCAAACGUUUUCACUCGUCAGGCUGCUGUCGCCGACGGUUGGACCCGUUCGCAAAAAUAUCAUACUCACGAAAUACUCUCGGUACGGACCCUGUAGCUAAGGCCUUGCUCUCUAGGUUUCGUAGACCCUAAGGUGCUCUUCGCUGAUAAUGAUACGCCGGCCCGACAUAUAGUGCUCAACGGUCCCAGGGUGCUGUCUGCGCGCUCUACAGGCAAGAAUGUGUGCCGGCCGGCACCUCAGAAAAACACGGCAGGGCUGAACGAGCUUGACAACAGCUGUAAACGCGCUGUGCGCACAUUGUCGCUGCUGUCAUCUGCAUAUCUCAACCCGCGGCAGGAAUCGGUGAAGAAAAAACGCACUUGUUCAUUCAUCGUUCGCAAUGCUGUUCCGGAGAGAAAAAACAAUAAAGACCGAAAAACUCGCGAAAGUAUUA